CUCACCUGUAUUAAUUACAGAUUUGAUCUUCUUAUUAAUAAGUGUGUUCAACCUACAAAUCUUGGAAAAUGGAGAAAGUAUUAAACAGAAUACUAACUAUAUUUAGCAUCUAAUUUCUUUUACCUAAUUAUAAUUAGUAACGCUAAAAUCACAACCAAAUGUUAGAAACCAAAACAAAAACAAAAUAAGGAGAGAGAUUUAACAAUUCCAAAAAUCUUCCAACCACUUUUUUAUUAACCAGCCCUCUCUCUUCUUCCCCAAAUCUCCAUUUUCUCUGCAAAUCCCAAAUCCAUCACAAACCCUAAUUUUAGUCUCUCAAAAUCUCCACCGUUUCUACCACCGUCAAUGUGGCGGCCGUGGCGUAAAUCGUCGGUUAAGAUUCACGACACAUACUCUCCAACCACCGCUUCCUUCAAAGACAUUCACCAUCUCUGCUCCGACGACUCACCUUCCUUCCCUUCUUCUCCCUCUCCAUCUCCAAAAACCGCUUCUAGAGUCUUCCACCGAGUCCGUGCAGCUAAUUUGAUCCUCAAAUCGUGGCCAACUCGUCAAUCUAAUCACCUCCUCCGCGCAGAUUCCGAACCUAUCAAUCUAAGCCGGAAUCAAAAUCCAGAAUCAGAUUCGAAACAAUCGAAAACCAAAACCGAACCAGAUGUACGGAUUUCAAUCCCAGGCGCAGAGAAAAGCAUUGUCGUAUACUUCACAAGCCUACGCGUGGUUCGUCCAACAUUCGAAGCCUGCAAAUCCGUUACAUCGAUCCUCCAUAGCUUCCCGGUACGAAUCGACGAACGAGAUCUCUCAAUGGACGCGUCAUUCUCCACCGAGCUACAACGAAUCUUCGGGAAGGAUCAGAACCAGAACCAGAACCAGGCGAAGACGCCGAAGCUGCCGCGAGUCUUCAUCGGUGGUCGGUACAUAGGAGGAGCGGAGGAGGUGAAACAGCUACACGAGAUCGGAGAGUUGAAGAAACUUGUGCAAGAGUUGCCGAAGAUUGAACCAGGGGUAUGUGAGAUGUGUGGUGGUCAUAGAUUCGUGCCGUGUAAGGAUUGUCAUGGUAGCCAUAAGGUGCAUACGGAGAAGCUAGGGUUCAGAACUUGCUUAACCUGUAACGAGAAUGGUCUCGUCAGGUGUUCUUCUUGUUCAUUUCCACAAUCUCCUCCACCCUAAUUCCUAGAUUUUCAGUUUUUUUUUUUCAAUUUCAAUUUUCGAAUACCAGAAAUUGGAAUAAUUAAAUAUUGGUUUUUAAUCUAAUUUUUAAGAAGUUUCCAAUUUUGUAUAAUUCGUAAUGGAAAAGAAGUAGUUUCGGAUUAUUAGAUUCGUCGAAAGAAAAAACAAAUCAUUAGAUCAUGUGAUGAACGUGAUUAGCAGCUAAGUACUAUUUGCUGUCCAA